GUCGGUGGUACGACCACCACUAGCCGCCUUCCGCCGCCCAACAGUUUCCUCAUAGUCAGCAGCACGGGCACAGCCUUCCACCCACGGUCCCAUCACCCCCCGGUUCAUCCGGUAUAGUUACUCUCACCGCCUGCUUUCCUUUAAACCCCACACCCGCCCCUCGCCCCUUCAUCUCCGUACCCAUAGGUUCGAACGAACUUGGUGGAGAGGAGAAAAGCAAGUAAAGGAAGUAAAAAGCCUUCCUUUUCAUCCCCGUCUUCCUCUGUUGUCGAAAAUGGCGGAGGGGAAGGAGAAGGGGAGAGACGUGGAGGAGGCCGGAGGCGGCGAGGGGUCGAGGAAGAUGGGGAGGAGGGUGGUGGAGGAGCUGCGGGAUCUGUGGGGGAUGGCGCUGCCGAUUACCGCCAUGAACUGCGUGGUGUAUCUUCGAGCCAUGGUCUCGGUGCUCUGCCUCGGCAGACUCGGCCGCCUCGAGCUCGCCGGCGGCGCACUCUCCAUCGGGUUCACCAACAUAACCGGCUACUCCGUCCUCUUCGGCCUGGCCUCCGGCCUCGAGCCCCUCUGCUCCCAGGCCUACGGCUCCCGCAAUUGGGACCUUCUGUCUCUCUCGCUGCAGCGCACCAUCCUCCUCUUACUCCUCGCCGCCGUCCCUAUCUCCUUCCUUUGGAUCAAUCUCGGGCCUAUCAUGGUUGCUCUGGGGCAGGACCUGGCCAUCACCGCCGCCGCCUCGUCGUACUGUCUCUACUCCCUGCCGGACCUUCUGACGAACGCGUUCCUGCAGCCGCUCCGCGUGUUCCUCCGGUCGCAGGGGGUGACGCGGCCGAUGGCGGCGUGCUCGGCGCUGGCGGUGGCGCUCCACGUGCCGCUGAGCGCGUUGCUGGCCUUCGGGCUGGGGCUGGGGGUCCCCGGGGUGGCGCUGGCGGCGGCGGCGACGAACCUGAACAUGACAGUGUUCCUGCUUGUGUAUCUCCGGUGGCGGCGGAUUUGUGAGCUGACGUGGCGGGGGUGGUCGCGGGAGGCGCUGGGGGGACUGGCGCCGGUACUCCGCCUGGCGCUGCCGAGCUGCGCGGGGGUGUGCCUCGAGUGGUGGUGGUACGAGAUCAUGACAGUCCUCGCCGGCUACCUGCCGGACCCCACCGUCGCCGUCGGCGCCACCGCCGUCCUCAUCCAGACGACCAGCCUCAUGUACACCGUCCCCAUGGCCCUCGCCGCCUGCGUCUCCACUCGGGUGGGCAACGAGCUGGGAGCGGGCAAGCCCCGGCGGGCCAAGUUGGCGGCCCUGGUGGCGCUCGGUUGCGCGCUGGUGAUCGGCGUCGUCCAUGUGGUGUGGACUGUGACAUUCCGCAAGCGGUGGGCGAGCCUCUUCACCAAGGACGCGGCGGUCGUGAACCUCGCGGCGGCGGUGAUGCCCCUCAUGGGGCUGUGCGAGCUGGGGAACUGCCCGCAGACGACCGGGUGCGGCGUUCUGCGUGGGACCGCGAGGCCCGCCGUCGGGGCCAGGAUCAAUCUGCUCUCGUUCUACCUCGUCGGCACCCCGGUCGCCGUCGGCCUCGCCUUCUGGCUCCGGGUGGGCUUCGGCGGGCUCUGGUACGGCCUGCUGUCGGCUCAGGUGUCCUGCGUGGUGUCGGUGCUCGUGGUGGUACUGGGGAGGACCGAUUGGGAGGUCGAGGCUUCGAGGGCAAAGAAGCUGACCAAUUCGGAGCUCGGGGUUAUAGCUGAUGACGAGGAGAAGGCACUCAUCAUAGGUGAUAGCGUGGAAGGCAUAUGAAACUAGAGAUAGCUAUAUGUGCAUAACGUGGAAGGAGAAGAAGGCUGGCUGGAUUGGUUCUACUUGGUUUUUGGCUGUUGGAGGAGGGAGGGGGAUGUGGGUGCAGGGAUCCCACUCUCGGCGUUUUGCUGCCUUCAAGCAGUGGGUGAAAUGAGAAAGGGAUACUUUAAUGGACUUGUUUGCUAGUUUUGGGCUCCUUCUUUGUACAUGGUGGGGCUUAGCUUUGUCCUCCACUCUCUCUUUGUUAUUUUGGUUGUCGUUCCGAGGUGUUAAAGAGGAAGUAGGGUUCUGAAUAGGUGCAACUAAAUUUCGAGCUUGUGAAUGCCCCGUGUGGUGCAGCGGCCACUGCUUUGUUUGCUAAACGUGGCAUGAGAUGAUUGAAGGCACACCAUUGUCCUUACUUCUGCUCGAAGCAUCUUUGUUUCUGUCUCCAGAGACAUCUCCUACUUUUUGAUAUCGUUUUGCAUAAUUAUUUAUUCGACGGUGAA